GAGAGCCGAGAGAUCUGCUUGUGGAAUUAUAUCCAGUAUUCGUGUCACUAUUAACAUCACCAAAAAAAUACACAAUAAUGCCUUAUUAUAUUGGAGGACUACAUAUUUGAAAAAUAGAGCUUUGUGUUCAACAUUUCAUUCCAAUUAUUUUAGAGUAGCUACUACAUACAGGACUGAAAGAAUAAUCUUGGAGGAGCACAGAAAUGUUGUAAGAUAAUUGUGAGGGUGUCCACUAGGGGUAUUUGUGAUUACAGAUUUUAAAGAUGAAUUCCAAAGAGUAGUAUCUUCCAAAUGCCCCUUUGAUGUAAACAAUACAGCCUUAUAAAAGAACUAUAGCAUCUUAUUAGCUUAAUAUAAGGGGAAAGAGCCAAAUGUUGUAUGCCCCAAGAAUUCCUUGACAACUAAUAAUGUUUGUCUUCUCUGAAUAAAGGAGAGUGCAGUCUUUCUCUGAACUCAGUUUACAAAAUUCUACUCACAAUUAUGUCUAAACCCCAAUGUCAAAUGCAAUAGGAAAGACCAACAUGAGUUUCUCAGUGGACUUCACCCUUCUAGGCUUUUUGGAGUGGCCUUGGCUGGAAAAGGUUCUCUUCUGGAUAGUGGCAAUUUUCUACAUCAUGAUCAUCUUUGGCAACCUGACCAUCAUUGUGCUGUCUCAUAUAGACCCUCGUCUCUACACACCCAUGUACUACUUUCUUAGCAAUCUCUCCUUCUUGGAGCUCUGCUUUGCCACCACCACUGUGCCCCAGAUGUUGUCAAACUUGUGGGGACCUAAGAAGACCAUCACCUACACAGGCUGUGUCAUCCAACUCUGUGUGUUUCUCUGUCUUGGUGCCACAGAAGCUGUCUUGCUGGUGGUAAUGGCCUUUGACCGCUAUGUUGCUGUCUGUCAGCCACCGCGCUAUACCAUCAUAAUGAACCCUCCUCUCUGUUGGAAGCUGUCCCUUAUGGCCUGGCCCUCUGGCCUGACGGAAUCUCUGAUCCAAUCUCCCAUCACACUCCAGCUGUCCUUCUGUGCCCACCACCAUGUGGAUGACUUUCUCUGUGAGGUGCCUGCCCUCAUAUGCCUGGCUUGUGGAGACACCUCCUCCAGUGAGUGGCAGAUGACCAUCUCUGCCAUUCUCUUCACCAUCCUGCCUGUGGGGUUGAUCUUAACAUCUUAUGGCUACAUAGCUCAAGCUGUGGGGAAAAUCAAGUCAGAAGAGGGGAGGCAGAAAGCCAUUGCCACUUGCUCCUCCCAUCUUCUGGUGGUUUUCAUGUUUUAUGGGGCAGUGGCAAUUGUUUACACAGACCCUAAGAACUGCUUUGCUUCCAAACAUGGAAAGUUCUUCACCUUCUUCUACACUGUGGUCACACCAUUGUUAUACCCUCUCAUCUAUACCCUGAGGAACAAAGAAGUAAAAGAGUCUCUGCAAAGAUUGCUGAAGAAGUGGAUCAGCCAAUGAAAAAGUACAUAAUCGAUUUUUUGGGCUAGAAAGAAACUCAAAAAUC